AUGUCCGUGGCGGAGGCGGCAGGAGCUGUAUCUUCUCUGGCGCCGAUGGAAGUGGCCACCUCUUCGCCAUUGUAUGUGGCUUCUUCUGGAGCGUUGGUUGUGCGACCCCCCGUCUGGCGCCGGCCGCCGCGGCGUUGGGGGCGUGCACCAGACGUCACGGGUAGGGCAGCAGAGGAGGGGCCCGGUUACGGGUCCGACGAAUUCUGCACAGGUGGAGUGGCGCAGUUUAGUAGUGGAUGUCGUGCCCCUGCGUCUUCAAAAACAUCGCGGGUGUUUGAGUCGUCAUUGCGGCGACGUGCCUGUGGGCCUGCAUGGUCGGCGUCAUCGCUGUUGGGUCGGCGGGGCGCCAGUCCUCUGGCGACAACCGUGGCGUGGGAGAUUAACGAUCGGCGGAAGUGGCGCAUCCCUCCUUGGCGCCGUGGAAGGGCGCGGUGGUUCCUCUGGGGCAUCCUGAAGGGCAGCAAAAGUGUUGGCAGUGGAUGCCGGCUCGUGGGUGGACAGCACCCGUCGUCGCGCUGUAUGGCGUCGCUUCGGGCGAGUGAAUCCGUCAGCAUCGUCAGCAGGCCGCUGUCUGUCAGCCUUUUCCAGCAGCAGGGAGGUGGCCCGAAGCUGGCGAUUUGGGCUGGAAAUGGACACCUUUCAACAGUAGGCCUCGUCUUCUUCCGGGUGGUCUAUGAUGGGAAGGCUGUUCUGCGAGCAGCUCUUGAGUGUUUCUUCAGUAGGCCGAGGCACAUGAGAGCAGGCAUAGCGCGCCCCAGUGAUUUCAGCAGAAAGGUAAGGCAGUUAUGCAAGGAAUUCCAUCUCACUGAUGUUCAAGUUAACCAACUUAUGUCUUCUUUUUUGGAGGACGUAAAGCUUGGUCUGGGGAAGGAUACACAUCCAAAUUCAAUUGUAAAAUGUUUUAUAACAUAUGUGCAGGAUCUUCCAAAUGGGAAAGAAAGGGGAAAAUUCCUUGCGCUUGAUCUUGGAGGUACUAAUUUUCGUGUUCUUGUUAUUCACUUGUCUGAGAAGCACUUUGACAUGAAAGCCAAGAUAUUUGCAAUACCACAAAAAAUUAUGGUGGGAACUGGAACACAGCUGUUUGAUCAUAUAGCUGAAUGUCUAGUGGCAUUUGUUAAGGAGCAUCAGUUACACACAGAAGUACUGCCUCUAGGAUUUACAUUCAGCUUUCCAUUAAUGCAGAAAGGACUAUCUGUAGGAAUUCUUGAAAGGUGGACUAAAGGCUUCAACUGCUCUGGUGUUAUUGGACAAGAUGUAGUUCAGCUGCUGAGAGAUGCACUGGACAAAAAACCGGAUGUGAAGAUUAACAUUGCUGCAGUUCUUAAUGACACUACAGGUACGCUGAUGUCAUGUGCAUGGAAGGAUCACAACACAAAAAUAGGACUCAUCAUUGGAACUGGUACAAAUUCAUGCUAUGUAGAAAAAACUGAGAAUGCAGAACUGUUUGAUGGCGACAGGAGCAAACCAUAUGUAAUCAUCAACACAGAAAGUGGAGCAUUUGGUGAUGAUGGAAAACUUAAUUUUAUUAGAACAGAAUAUGACAAAGAUGUAGAUGACAAUUCCAUAAAUCCUGGAAGACAACUGCAUGAGAAGAUGAUAUCAGGAAUGUAUAUGGGAGAAAUAGUUCGACUGAUAGCUGAGAAAGCUAUUAAAAUGAAUGCCAUCCUGGGUGGAAAAGGUUCUGAUGCAUUUCAAAAGCGAGGGGGUUUCUUCACUAAAUAUGUAUCUGAAAUAGAAAGUGAUAAACCAGGUUCUUACACAAAUGUUAAGAGAAUAAUGAAUGAGCUUGGUCUUCCACAUGCAACUGAACAAGAUUUUGUAGACUUCAGACAUAUGUGUGAAGCUGUUUCUUCAAGAGCUGGUGUCAUGGUCUCUGCUUCAAUGGCUACAUUACUUAAUAAAAUGGGUUUUGAACAAGCAACUAUUGGCAUUGAUGGUUCACUCUAUCGAUUUCACCCUGGGUUUGCAGACCUAAUGACAAGAAAAAUUUCACAAUUAGUGAAGCCAGGGAUUAAAUUCAAGUUAAUGUUGUCAGAAGAUGGAAGUGGAAGAGGAGCAGCUCUAGUUGCUGCUGUUGCCAGUCGGGGAGACUAACAGCAGUCAGAGUUAAAUAUUUUUUUUUUUGUUUUAAGCAGAUUAGCUUAAAUCUGUCUUUUCUCUUGUAGAAAAAUUAUUUGCCUUAAUGUUUUGUGGCCUGGGUUUUUCACCAGCAGAUAUUGUAAACAAUGAGACCACCUCAUCUCUUUGUAUUAAACAAAUGAAAUACGUUGAA